AUGUUUGGAACUUCUCGACCAGCAUUUGGGCAGACAAGUUCGUCUCCGUUUGGCCAAGCCCAGUCCACUAAUACUUUCGGGCAACAACCAGGUGGCACAACCAGUAAUAUGUUUGGAUCCACUUCCGCAAACAACGCGCAAUCAGGGUUUGGUGGGUUUGGUAGUGGUGCCAAUACGAACCCUUCACAAACUAUGAAUUCACCCUUCGGUAUGUCACAGCAGCAAAAUACUACUACUUCUCCGUUUGGCGGGGCAGCAGCAGGAGUUUCAGCACCAGGUAAUGCAUUGUCGAACCCACCAUCCCUGUUUGGUGGUAGCCAGUCUAGCGGUACAACCACAGGCGCUCUUUCUUCUGGUCCAAUGUCAGGUACAGGAAUCAAACCGUUCCAACCAUACACAGAAAAAGAUGUGUCAACUGGAUACCCAUCGGUAUUUCAGUCCAUCACUUGUAUGCCUGAAUAUAGCAACUUUUCAUUCGAGGAAUUGAGAUUUCAGGAUUACCAACAGAAUAGAAAAUUUAGUACCAACACCGCUGGAGGCCCGACGAACUCUACUAUUGCCUCGCCUUUCGGCCAACAACAGACAAAUGGUACUAACAAUAUUUUCGGUUUAGGAAAUAAAAAUUCACUUGGAAACACGGGCACUUCGCCCUUUGGCCAACAAACGACAAAUUCCGCUUUUGGUCAACAGACCACAAACGCAUUUGGACAGUCUAACACUUCCCCAUUCGGCCAACCGCAACAACAAUCAACAGGUUUAUUCGGCCAACAACCACAAAACAAUUCUCCAUUUGGAACUAGCAACGCUGCUAACAACUCUCCAUUCGGUUUAAAUAAACCAGCCACAUCUGGUGGCUUAUUUGGUCAAAAUCAAACUAACUCAACAUCUGCAUUUGGACAAAGUAACACCAACUCUUUAUUUGGCCAACAGCAACAGCAACCACAACAAAACCAAACUGGUGCAUUCGGUCAAAAUACUGUAGGUAAUGCCUUUGGAAGUUCUUUUGGUCAACAAAAUACAAAUAACCAGCCAGGCGGUUUGUUUGGUCAAAACAACAACACUACUGGAGCAGGUGUAAGUGGCGCAUUCGGCCAACAAAACAACACAAAUAAUGCUUUUGGCCAAACUAACAACACUUCUGGUGGUGGUCUAUUUGGAUCAAAACCAGCUGGCGUUUCAGGCGGAGGCUUAUUUGGCCAACCACAAAACACAACUUCACCAUUUGGACAAGCUAAUAACACCAAUAAUUCUCCUUUCGGCCAAAUGAAUAACAACAAUCAAGCCGGAAACGGUGGACUAUUUGGGCAAAAUAACAACAAUGCCGGAGGAUUAUUUGGACAAAACAAUACCUCUACUAAUUCUGGUGGGUUGUUUGGCCAACAAAACAAUACCACUACUACUGGGGGCCUGUUUGGUCAACAGAACAACAAUAACAUCAAUCAACAAAGUGGUGGUCUAUUUGGUUCAAAACCACCUACUAACGGAGGAUUGUUUGGCCAAAAUAAUCAAACACAACAAACUGGUACAGGAUUAUUUGGCACUCAAAACAAACCAUUGGGUGGUGGUACCGGAUUGUUUGGUCAAAACAACCAACAACAGCAACAACAACAGCCAGGGGGAUUGUUUGGACAAAACACUCAACAACCAGCUGCUGGUGGAUUAUUUGGUAAUCAGAACCAAUCCCAACAACCAGGAUCCAAUGGAUUAUUUGGCCAACAAAACAAUUCACUUGGAAGUAAUACUGGUGGUCUAUUUGGUGCCAAACCUUCAGGAGCCGCUACUGGUCCAUUUGGCCAGAACAAUCAACAACAAAGCGGAACAACUGGGUUAUUUGGUCAAGCCGGUCAACAAAACACCACUUCAACAGGGUUGUUUGGCCAAAAUAAUCAACAGCAAGGUACUUCAACUGGCGGCCUAUUUGGAAAUAAACCAGCAGUUAACAACAAUGCAGGAACAAUUGGUGGUGCCGGAAGUGGUGGAUUGUUUGGAAACAAUAACAAUCAGCAACAAAACUCAACUACCGGUGGGUUAUUCGGAGCUAAGCCUGCAGGAUCGACUUCUUCAGGCGGCUUAUUUGGCAACAACACUUCUGGUGGCCUAAGUGGAAAUAAUAGUGGAGGACUAUUUGGCUCUAAGCCAACGGGAACGACUUCCUUUGGCAAUAAUGCGGGAGGUAGCUCAAAUUUGACCACUGGCGGCUUAUUUGGAGGAAACAAACCUGCAACGACCGGAUCAACAGGUCUAUUUGGAUCUCAAAAUAAUACUUCAGGUGGCUCUAACAUGGGCGGCCUCUUUAAUUCAUCAUCCAUUCAACAAAACCAACAGACACAAAACCAACAACAGCCAUUACAAUCGAAUACCAAUCCAUAUGGAACUGAUGAAUUGUUCUCCCGUGUAAUUUCGAUUCCUAAUUCGAUCACUCAGCCUACCAAGCCAAGUGCCAUCAAGGUUAACGCAGAUUUGAAAAAGAAGAACUCUUUAUCUGCAGCAUACAAGUUGGUGCCAAAACCAUUGUUUGAUUCGAAAAAACCUGAGGUUAACAUGAAAGUUAAAAUUCAUCUAAAAUUAGCCAACUCCAGUGAUAAAGAGCCUUCAUCUUCAAAUGCCUUGGUAAGAAAGUCAGUCGAUUCAUCUGUAUUUAACGACUCGACUGAUGAAGCAAUUAUGAAUUCUGGUGAACUAUUAUUCAACCCUGAUAAAAAAUCAUUUAAAAACCUCAUUAUUAACCGUAAGAAAAUGGAAAAGGAAGACUCUUCUCCUUCGGAGGUUAAGUUCAUAACAUUCAAGGAUAAUAUCGAAUCUCCAAAGAAAACUGAACUAAAAGAGAACAGCGACAUCCUUAACAAAAACCCAGAAACUCCUGUGCAUAAAUUGAAAGAAAAGACUUUUGAGACAGAGUCCACACCUAAGAUUGACGAUAAGCCAUUGAAAUCAUUCCAUAAGAAUAAGAUAAUAGGAGAAGAUAUAUCUUUCACGGAUAAUGGUUACUACAUAUCUCCUUCUUUUGAAACUCUUGAGUCUUUCACUCUAAUGGAACUUCGUAAAGUUGAGAAUCUCGUUAUUGGUCAUAAGGAUUUCGGAAAAAUCGAGUUCUUGAAACCAGUUGACCUAUCAUUGAUUCCUUUGCCAUCUAUUUGUGGAAAACUGAUUACCUUCGAAAAGAGAUGUUGCACAGUCUCUUUCAUUGGAGAAAAACCAGAAAAGGGUCAAGGAUUAAACGUGCCUGCUAUGAUCACAUUGGUGGGAUGUUAUCCAAAGGACAAAUCGACUGGAGAACCAAUUAAAGAUCCAAACCACCCCAUUCUAAAGAAGCAUAUUGGUAACUUGAAAUCCAUGAAUGAUGCCCAAUUUGAGUCAUAUGAUCCAGAGACAGGUUCAUGGUCUUUCACUGUGGAAGAGCCUGUUGUUUGA